AUGAGCUUGAGCUUCAGUGCUAUUCUUCCGAUAUUCACUGGAAAGACCAUCGACAAUGGCGCUCUCCUUCUCACAGAGCGCUUGGGCUCGGGAGGUACGGCUGUUGUUUACCGCGCGGUUGAUACCACCUCCCCUCGUCGUCAGGAAUACGCCGUAAAAUGUCUCCUCAGGCGAGACUCGCACACUUCUGCAGGGGUGUCCCAAAUCCGCGAAAUUGCCUUGCAUUUGGCCGUCUCCACCCAUCCCAACGUCAUAAACAUUCACCGGCUGGUAACGGAGGAGUUCUACCACUUCGUCAUCAUGGAUCUCUCCACAGAUGGUGAUAUGUUCGACGCUAUCUCGACUCGUCAUGUGUAUCAGGGGAAUGACAAGCUCGUCAAAUCUGCGUUCACCCAGAUCAUCGAUGCCGUUGAGGAAUGCCAUUCGCGAGGGAUUGCACACCGCGACAUCAAGCCAGAUAACAUUCUCUGCUCCAAGGAUGGCUCACAACUCUGGCUUUCUGAUUUCGGACUUGCUACUACUGAGACGACGACGAAUAUGUGUGGUCUCGGUAGCUCCUAUUACAUAAGUCCAGGUUGGUCUACUUUUUUCGACUUUCUGCAUCACGCACUGAUCCGCCCCUAUGUGUCCCAAGAGGGCCUUGGGAACGAAUACGCCGAAAAUGGGUUCUCGACGCAGCGGGCCGACAUCUGGUGUCUCGGGAUCGUUCUGAUCAACAUGCUCACAGCAAUUGAUCCUUGGAACUUUGCGCACGAUAAUGACCCCCUUUUCCGUGCCUUCCUCGCGGACCCCGAUCAUCUUUCAAAGCUGCUCCCUAUUUCAAGAGAGGCCCUCGACCUCCUUCAACGUAUCCUUACUGUGAACCCCGACGAUCGCAUAUCCCUCCCUGAGCUUCGUGACAAUAUCGCAAGAAUCACAACAUUUUUCCCAAUGAAGACUGACACGUCCUCAGAAACAACAUCAGGUGUGUAAAUGUCUCUCCGUUGCACUAAGUAUGGCUUUAUUCAUCUAGAAGCUGUAGACGGUGGAUUUACGAGCUCAUCUGAAUCCGCAUCCGACUCUGACGGGCCUUGCACACCUGGGUCAAGUUUUGACCCUCGUUUUCCUCAAGCAACACGUCUCAUGCCGGAUAUUCCUCUGAGUGACCCUCGGAAAGGUCCUGUUUAUCUUCUCCGUCGUGCGAUCCGGCGGUGGAGGGCCUCAUAGAGUUCUGUUCUUCUUGCUGUAUUACUUAUUUAUCAGUCUGCGACUUGACUCACGUGUUUUUUUUCAUACCCUUCGGAUACCCUCACAACUGUAUCAAUAGCCACAUAUAUCCAAUAGAAAUUACGACCUUUAUGUCC